CUUGAACCCAACACCAACACGAGAAAUUAUCCAUUGCGCUUGCGCGCGGAGGUCAGCAACAAUCUCUGACUUUGCCUGUAUGGGCACGUCGUUAUGCCAUUGCGUGUUCUUAUUGAGAGGCCUUAUCCUGUGCGAAUUCGGAGUGGAUUGAUUGUUUCAGUAUUGAAUCUGUAAACUGAUUUCCCGCUUUCAGUUUCCAUCGCUCUUUUUCGCAUCGUUCUCAUGGCGGGUAAUCCAUCGGGCUUUAAUCCUGAUCGUAUUCUUGCUCACAAAUUUCCUGAGACAACAUCCACCUAUACAGAGAGAGAUGUUGCACUCUAUGCUCUGGGCAUUGGAGCAUGUGGUCGAGAAGCUGUGGAUGCUGAUGAGCUGAAAUAUGUUUACAAUGAAAAUGGGCAAGAAUACAUCGAGGUUUUGCCAACAUUUGCUGCUCUAUUUAUCCACAAAACUAUGGGAACGGGUCUGAACUUGCCAGGGCUGUCGUAUGACCCAAAGCUCUUACUUCAUGGUCAGCAAUACAUUGAAUUGUACAAGCCACUGCCAUCGAGGGGAUAUUUAGAUAACAAAAUCUCUCUUGCUGGGCUGCAUGACAAAGGAAAAGCAGCUAUCCUUGAGAUUGAGACAAAAAGUUAUGACAAAAGGUCUGGACAAUUAUUAUGCAUGAAUCGGACAACUCUCUUUCUGCGAGGUGCUGGCGGAUUCUCAAGUUCUUCUCACCCUUACUCCUACACAAACUACCCAAAAAAUCAAGGAUCAGCAGGAAAAAUUCCAAAAACACAGCCUUUUAUGGUGUUUGAGGAUUGUACUCGACCAUCUCAGGCAUUAGUGUAUAGGUUAUCAGGUGACUAUAAUCCUCUUCAUUCCGAUCCUAUUGUUGCGAAGAUUGCAGGGUUCUCGAAGCCAAUACUACAUGGAUUAUGUACAUUGGGAUUUGCUGUUCGGGCAGUAAUCAAAUGCGUGUGUAAAGGAGACUCGAGCAAAGUAAAAUGCAUAUCAGGCAAGUUUCUUUUGCAUGUGUACCCAGGUGAAAUUUUGGUAACGGAGAUGUGGCUUGAGGGGUCGAGGGUCCUUUAUCAGACAAAGGUAAAGGAGCGCAACCGGGCUGUGCUAUCUGGCUACGUGGAUCUCCAUCAUGUAGCUUCGUCACUGUAAAUUUAUUAUAAAGGUACCUUCAUAUAUAUUAUGUUGGAAGUGAAGAAGUUGACCUCUGCUCAUUCUGCUGCUUUAGGGUAAUUCAUAUAUUAAGAACACCUGAAAGGAUAAGAAAGAGGUGACCAAGUUCUCUAGCAAACCACAUCACAUUAUCCUUCUUUGUUUUGAAAUGUUUCAUUUUUUUCUUGGCAGAAUAAAGAUCUUAAACGUAUGUGGGUAAUGCAAUGAAUGGAAUUUAUAAACUUGCUUGAGUUUA